ACUGUUUUUACCAAGAUGAGAUGAUUGUAUAAAUAAUUGUGAGAAAUAGCCUAGUUAUAUGGCAUUGAUAGGUAGAUGAGCUUAUUCAGAGUGCUUGCUUCUUUUGCUAUGAGGUUUUUUGCUUGAAACAUUAUGUAACACAAAAAAAGAUAAUUUCAGUAUUCAUGUAAGAAUUAUGGCGUUAUUAUUACCUACAUAAUACUUGCUUUAUGGUAAUUAAAUGUUAAUUAAAAAUGAAUGACAAUAAUAAUUGUGAAACUGGUAAAAAAUGUUAUAAGUAGGUAAUAAACAAGGUAGUUUAAGUACCUAUUAUGUAUGUUUUUUACCGAACCCCUUUGAAAUGGUUGGACUGACUAAGAAUUAAGAAAUUUUGUGUAAGUACAUAAUAUGAAAUAGAUCAGUGAAUCGGCCAACUACUCUUUUAUAGCCAUAAGUGAUAAGAGUAGAAUUUACCGAGUUAGCUAGUUUCUAUCUAUAGUUACAUAAAAAAAUAAAUCAUAUAUAAUUAUGUACAUAUAAUAUAGGUACAGGAUGUACAUAAUCGUUAAGUGUGUGGCGUGGGCGUGUUUGAUGUAAAAAUUUUGGAUAUUUCCCGUUUUAUUUAAAAAAAAGUUAUCAUUUUACUCAUAAGGCUGGUAAAGGGCUUUCGACAUCAGUUUAAAGUUUUUGACCACCUUGGGACUCAUAAAAUUGAAUAGAACUUUUUCCACAGCUAUCAUAGCAGAAACUAGAAAAUAAUUUUCGGAGAAGCCCCAUAACUACACAAUAUAAAUGCGCUAAUAGGACGAUUAUACUGGAUUUUAAUUGGCCAAACAUCUUGAUUUACAAAAUUUAAAAAUGCUUGUAUCCAGAAUCAGCAAUCCAAUAUUAAAAAUAUAUUCUUCGUGAGUUGUGACAUUUGACAUAAUAUUAUGUCAAUUUUUGUAAAAUGAAAGUCAAAAGUGAACAAUUAACUUGCAAAUGUUGAUACGAAUUUUAGAAUUACCGGCGCGUUUUAUCAUUAAUCGUGAUUGGAAUCAAACAACUACGAAGUAAAGUUUAUAGUAUUUCUUGAUUAUGCGGUUGCCAUUAGAGCAGAUAUAAAAUUCAUUCAUAAUUUUAGUUACAUGUCAAUUCACUCUUCAACAUAAACACCAUGGAUAAUACAGCUAUCCAAACUUUGGAAGCAGCAGCUCAAAUGCUAAUGGCACCACCGAAUUUAGUCAGUUCAGAGCAAAGACAUCAGGCUGAAAGCGUAUUUCUGGAGUUUCGGAGUACAAAAAAUCCAUAUCAAUUGUGUAGGGAACUUUUAGAAAAAUCCUCUUCUGACUAUGUUUUAUUUGAAGCUGCGGGAUUAAUAAAAUCUGCACUAAUUAGAGAAUGGAAUUUACUUAGUGAAAACGAUAUUAAUUCGCUUCGAGAAUAUUUACUCAACUAUUUAUUACGAAAAGAUACACCACCAUUCCUAAAAGAAAAAUUGUUGCAGACAAUUGCAGUUAUUAUCAAAAGAGGCAGUAUAAAUGAUUCUGGAAGAGAAAGAAAAGCAUUGCUUGAUGAGUUAGAGAAAAUUAUAUUAGGGUCUCCAAUAGGCCAACAAAAAUUAGCAUGCGCAUUGAUUCAGGCUUUAAUGCAAGAAUAUGCCAUAACAGUUAAGUCUGCUGAUGUAGGCUUAACUUGGGAAGUACAUUUUUGGCUUAAAAAGUCAUUUGAGGCGACAGAUCUGAAGAGAAUAUUCAGAUUUAUUGUUGGAGUUUUGGAACAAAUUGUACAUUCUGGAGUUCGGCCAGAAGGGGAUCAAGCAGUGUUGACAAAACAAUUGUUAACUAUUGUUGAAUCUAUAUUAUGCUGGAGUCAUGUAUCACCGUUACUUUCAAAGAGAUUGAUUGGUGCAUUUGAAGCUAUAUAUGAGAGUGACAGUGCUCCAGCAUUACGUCUUAGUCUAAAUUGGAGGGACACAAUAAUGAAACCUGAAUUAAUAGCUCUAUUCUUUGAAAUUCAUUUGCAUGUAAGACAGAAUCCAGAUUUAGCAAAUCCAUCUCUCACUUGCCUAGUACAAUUGGCUAGUUUAAGUGGUGUUGUUGUGUCUGCAAAUAAUCUGAAAGAGCAGUACUUAGAGAAUUAUAUUAACAACUUUAUGAGGAUGCUGGCUUUUAUACAACCGGCUGAUAGGGAGAUGCUUGGAAUAGCUGAUAUUUAUAGACGGCUUGUACAGUUUUUCACACCUCCAAUGAUAGCUGCAUCGCCACCAACUUUUCUGCAAAAUUUAACAACAUAUACAUGUCAUUGUAUCAGAGGGUCUGUUAUUGAAGAAGGUAUAAAUGAAGACACAGUUUGGAGAGAGGCAUUAAACAAAUUUCUUCAUACUUGGAGCUCUCUAGUUCAUGACACUGAUGGCUUUUCAAACGAAGCUCUCAUGAACCCUUGUAUAGAAAUAUUUAAUACAUAUCUACAGUGUAGGCUGGCACCUCCUGAUGGGACAAGAGGUGCAGAGAGUAGCGACGGUUGUUCAGAGGACAUAAAGGAUGACGUACAAGAGGACGAGCGGCAAUUGCACAGCAAUGUGUUGCUCACUAUAGGUGCUAUAGCGCGGAAAGCGCCGGCACAUUGCUGUCAUGUGUUGUACACGUUGUUGACUGAUAGGAGCAAGAGGCUUGAAUCUCAGCUGCAAUUGAUGUAUAUGGGGAAAUUACCAGUUAGCGGAGGGGAACAACUAGUCACUUUAUUUGAAGAUCUCCAUUGGAUUCUCAUGAUAACUGGUCACUUCAUAGCAGUAGAUUGCGUGGAAGGUGAAACAGUGCUGAUUCCACAAGAGAUAGUACAGUUUAGUAUGUCGGAGAAUGCCAAUGUGGAUGCCUCGCUACGGUAUUUAGUUGGGGAAAGCAACAAUACGGAAAAUGUCGAUUCUGUACUUAAGUUAGUCGGCGAAAUACUUAGAAUUAGUGCAUAUGAGUGUGUGGCUUUAGAAGCGGGUCUGGGAUCUGUAUUCAGUCCGGAACUGUCUGCAACAUUGUCAUGGCUCUUGAAAAUUUGGGCUAAUUCGUAUUUGAUGCAGCAAUCGUCACAAUAUUCUGAGGUGCUAGAGAGCGCGUUCGGCGCGGGCUCGCAGGGCGCGGCGUGGGCGGUGCGGCGGGCCGCGCGCCGCGCCGCCGCAGUACUGCGCCACCUCGCCGCGCAGCCCGUCGCCGCCACGCACGCCACGCAGCUGCUGGCCACGCUCGCGCACACCCACCGCAAGGAAAGUCCAUUAGCGAGUUGUGAAGAAUUUUUGUCUCUAGUCGCCUGGGAAGCGUCUGGCAGUAACUUGCCUGGGGAUAUACGAAGAGAGCUACAUAGAGCUUUUGCUAUUGCCGCUACGUAUUCUGAAGGUGAAGUACGAAACAGGCUAUUAGCGAGUACAGUCGCAUUGACGGACAAACUGCAGAAUAUAUUGAAUAUGCAAUCGGAUACGGAACCAGUUCGCAACAUGUUAGCAGAUACCCUCGAUUGUUUUAUUGGCGUCACUGAAGGUGUACAUGAAGUUGGAACAGUAGACGAACAAUUCCUCAUGUUGAUCGGUGCAUUGGACAAAAUACCGGGAAUUCUGUUCAAGUACCAUAACUAUCCGGGUGUAGUGUUGCCCGCUCUCAAUCUCCUUGCCAAAAGCGCGAAGAGAAUGUUGCACUCUGUGCAACAACAGAAUGUUAAUAAAUUUCUUGAGAUCUGCAAUACAACAUUUGAAGUGUACAUGCGAUGGAAUUCAGGGAAAAUAUCAACUAUCCCACAAGAUGCCGAAGAAGAGGCGUAUGAGGACAUUUGCGCGCUGAUGGAGCUGAUCUGCAGCAUCGCGCGCAGCGGCGCCGAGCGCGGCGUGGGCGACACGUGCGCGCGCGGCCUGCGCCUGCUGCUGCCGCUCGUGACGCCGCCGCUGCUGGCGCUGCCCGCCCUCGCGCACCACGCCUACCGCAUGCUACGCGACCUCGACACCACUGUGCAGCUAACCAGUCUACCAGUAGAAGACUUCAACAUGGUGGUGACAGCCCUACGCGUAGGCUUAACUGCAGUGUCGUGUGAUGUGUCUACUCUCUGCUGCGAUACAAUAGUCGGCAUUGCGAACAAAGUGCGCACGCUUGGCGCGGACAACCCUUACGCCGUAUCACUUCUGUCUCUAGCGGAAUUACUCCUAAUGCUUAUAAUUAAAAUGGAAAUACCCCCGGAUUCAAUACCGGCAGCCGGUGCCGCGAUAUACGCGCUAACUUGUGUCAAACCAGCCCUACUAGAAGGUUUGGCCAGACAACUCAUAGAUGCCUUCGCAGCCAACGACCCAGGGAAUGUCCCAAGAUUGGAAGAAGCCUUCGGCGUUUUAACUAAUGGCGUUCUCUUCGACGGACUGAGAACUCAUAAAAUUAGAUUUCAAGACAACUUCGAUAAGUUCCUAGCUAGCGUACACGGGUUCCUUAUUGUAAAAUAAGGAGCUGAUGACUUUUUUGGUUUCAAAUCGUGCCGGCCAUGUUUGAUGGUGAAAAGACUUAUACGACUAAG